CGGCGCAGCGGAGGCGGUGUCCCUAAAAGUGCCUGUAGAAAAAUUCGUUUUUUUUUUAAUUUUUCGUUCUCGUUUCCGCGCCACGGUCUCGACUUUUUCGUAACCAUGAGGACGUACUUCGUGAUAGCCGCCAUUCUGAUCGCCGGAACGACCGGCCAAGAAAACUUCAAAUGCCCCGACGACUUCGGGUUCUACCCUCACCACAGUUCAUGCGACAAAUAUUGGAAGUGCGACAACAAUGCGGCAGAACUAAAGACAUGCGGUAACGGUCUGGCGUUCGACGCCACCGACGCCAAGUUCCUCACCGAAAACUGCGACUACCUGCACAACGUGGAUUGCGGCGAACGUACGCAGCUGGAGCCGCCCAUCAGCACGCCGCACUGUGCCCGCUUGUACGGCAUCUUCCCCGACGAGAAGAAGUGCGACGUGUUCUGGAACUGUUGGAACGGAGAGGCCUCCCGUUACCAAUGUAGCCCCGGAUUGGCCUACGACCGCGAAGCCAGGGUGUGCAUGUGGGCCGAUCAGGUGCCCGAAUGCAGAAACGAAGAGGUCGCCGGAGGUUUCACGUGUCCGGCCGCGGGUGAAGUGAGCGGUGCAUCCGGCAGCUUCAGUAGACACGCCCAUCCGGAGGACUGCAGGAAAUAUUACAUAUGUCUCGAAGGCAUCGCCAGGGAAUACGGCUGUCCGAUCGGCACCGUCUUCAAGAUCGGCGAUGCCGACGGUAGCGGUGCCUGCGAGGAUCCCGAGGACGUACCCGGAUGUGAGGAUUACUACGGUGACCUGGACCUGAAGAGUAUCCGGAAGAGCGAGCUGCUUGCCGGCAUUCAAAACGAGCCAAGGAAGCCGUCGCCAAACCAGCCUCUCAAACCCAGGCCCUCAACAAUACCCGCGAGGCCCUCCGCAAACCUCCAAGAAUAAAUCCUGAUACCUCACUCCACCCCCCUUAAUUCGCCCUUUCUUUCUCUUUCUCUCUGCCCCUUUAACUUACUUUCUCUUUAUUGCUGUCGUUCAACUUUAUUAUUGAACAAAAAAAAAUAGAAAUAUCGUUAAACAUAAGUUAUAUCGGUGAGGAUCUAGAUCGUUCAAAAUAUUCUUCAAAAAUCUAGAUGGAAUCCGAUUAAUGAUAAAAAAUUUUACAAAUUUAUUCUAGUUCCGUUUCAUACCUCUCUUUAAUUUAUUUUGUCUCCUUUAAUUUAUUUCAUUUGUUCUCUUUUGUAUUAAUAAAUUGUAUCAAAGCCAUAUUUUUCCCUCGCGCUCUUUUUACUUUCUAUCCUACUUCUUUUAUUCUAUGCUACUUCUGUUAUUUCUUGUUCCUUCUAUCUUUUCGUCCUCUGUGUUUCUUUCUCUUUCUCUUUCAAUUUCUUCUCAUCCUCUCUCUGUUCCUUCUGCCACACAUACACACAUGCAUACGCUCACACACAAUUACAUAGUCGAGGGAAACCCGCCCCGAUUUUACGUAAAGAGAAUUCUUCGAGGAGUGAAGUAAUCGGCGCCGAGAGCCAAGAAAGCCGAAAACCCGCCCUCAAAGGCCGUAAAUCCUUCUGCUUAUAUUAUCCGCUGCGCAUCAUAUGCGCAAGGAGGCGCGGCUCGAUCUCGAGGCGGAUGCCCGCAACACGAAAUCCGCGAGAUUCCGAGAGGACGAGGAGUGUGAUCGAGCUGUCGUGAAUUUUACUCCAGCAGAAUUCUUUCACGCGAUUCUUUCGUCGCCCCGAUCACGUGUUUCCGCGCGAUUUAAAUGCGCAGAGAAUAAUACUAUUUUUUUAAUUAUAAUAGAAUAGAAGAAAGAAGAUACUUAAAGUGCGAUCGGUUAGCGUGACGAGUAGCGUAAUCGCGAAUUUCGAAAAGUUGUGCGAAAUUAUUCGGCCACUGUGAUGACCAAGAUACACACAGUCGUGAGAUAAUAAAGAAAAUUGCUAAUUUCCUAAUACGAUGCGUAAAAUUAAUAAUAAUUUAUAUAUCACAAAACUUGCAAAUACUAUGUAUAAUAACUUCAAUACUAUCUUUAUCAGUUUCACAUAAGAUUCACUUUGCAAUAUAAAAGAAUAUUGUCGGAAACCAGCAAUUAUUUUGUCCUGGCAAAUGAUUAAGAAAUAGUUAAUGUUUUGCAAAAUUGUGUUAAUUGUGAUGUCUCAUCGGCGAUCUUUCUUUUUCACACGUAAAAAUAGGAAUUAGAAACCUGCAUUUUCACGAACGCAAUACAAAAAUCGACAAUCAUUUUAUAAAAUCGAACAGUUUUUGAAAAUGCAUUCUACCGGUCGUCCCUGUAAGUAUUUUACCCACUGUGUUGUCUUAUCACUAUUAAUAAUUUACAAGUUACUCAUCUCUUAAUGAUGUACAGAGAUAAUUACAGAGACUAUCGAUAAUGUAUUUCCUGAGAAUUUUGUAGUUCUGAUAAUAGUUGAGUUUUGUUCCCGAUUGAAAGACACAUUUCCCCUACACGAAAUUAUGUUGAUUUUAAUCCUUAUGUGUGUAUGAGAGAGACACGAUUAAAAUAACAAAAAUAAAAGGGGUCAAUUUCACGAUAAGUCGCAAACAACAACGAGUUCAUCGGACUCGCGCGACCCACGGUCUACGAUUUAUAAUUCAGAAAUCUUUCCGACUCUUGGCGCCAAUAUGUAGGCAAGCUCGGUCGGUCUGUCGUGUAUUUUUAAGUAAAGUGAAAAGUGCGUACAAUAAAAAAAAGAAAAUUCUUCUUAGAUUUCGACUUGUAUUUUUAUUGCACAUUUAAUGCUAAACGCGUCUGUUGAGUAAUGAAAGCUUUUCAAGAUAAACAAUAAGUAUUGGCCAAUAAGA